UGACUACCCAAAUUUGCAAGAUUUGCCUUUUUUAUAUGCUAAUAUCCAUAAAUUGGACAUAAAAUAGCAUUGAGUGGAAUGGUAUUAAUUUGUUAAAAGUUACUGGCUAUUAUCGCGACAGUUCAAUCUAAAAUCCCGCUCUUUAAUUUAUUACACAGUAGAAAGCACAUUUUAACUUAGCCAGAUAUUUAAAUGCCAUCCCUUCCAUCCUCCACCAUACAUCCAUUAUAGCAAGCCACUACUACAUCAAUGGCUCUACGUCAAUGCGAGUCAACAGGAAACCACGGUGGAAAUCACAUCUUUAACUUAAAAACAUACUUUAUGCAUCUUUCAUAGCAAAGCCACCUACUUCCGUCAUCUUUACCCUCUUCUUCUCUUCCUCUCUUCCACGGUCUCUCCUGCUUCUACCACUAUUGGUGCCAUGGCAGACUUUGUUUUUGGCCCACUGGGUUGUUGGCCCAAUCAUGGAUAAGUUCAUCAGCGCUUGCGCUGAUUACCUGCAAGAUCAGUACUUCAGAUGGCGGACAGGUCGGUCUGGAAGAGCUCGGAGAUGUGGGCAGGCUAUAACAUUUUUUACUGAAGAGGAUAAACUAUUCCUAAGGAACAUAGCUAAUGUGAUGAAAGAGUCAGGCUGUGAGGUUCCCGAUUGGAUCCUAUGCUUGCCCAAGCUCAAGAGGAAGAAGCACAGACCAAUGAGAGAUUCUGUAGGAGCCGAACCUGUUGACACUGAAGAUCAUUAAGCUGUCUCCUCAAUUUCGUUGUGAUGUAAUCAGCAUUUUAAGUUACAUGUACCAUUUAUAAUUGUCUGGAUUCUUUAAUUGAAUCAUUUUUCAA